UGAUCGCUGUGUCCUAUGGACACAGCUGAUCACAGGAGAGAAAUGCCGAUAACCGGCAUUUCCAUGUUUGCAUGUGAUCAGCUGUGAUUGGACACAGCUGAUCACAUGACCGAGCCGACAUCUUCGGCUCUUUCCAUGAUCGGUGAUCCGCUGUGUCCGAGGGUGAGAAUGGGAGGACGUCAUAUGACGUCCUCUCAGAACGAGAGAACCACCUUGCGCCCGUCAUUGGACUAUAUGGCGGGCGGGAGGUGGUUAAAGACAUAGU